UGUGUGUCACGGUUUGCACAAAAAACCGGUUCAUUGUUGCGGAUUUAUCCAUUUGGCCGCACGCUUUGUUGCCUUUAACUGUUCCUCACUUGCAAUUGUGCGUUCCGCGCGUUAGCUCAAUGUUUUUCGAUGCGUUUUCCUCGGUUAACAUAACGAAGGUGCUAUCGGACUAUCUGCUCCUCGUGAGCGAAUCCGUGCGGAGACAGUUUGCCUCUCCGGCGUCCCCAUCUGCACCAUCGGCUGGUCAGCCGCGCAACGAGGCCGGUGAAAGUGAACCCGAGUCGUUCGAGUUAAACAUCCUUACCACCGGCUGGUGCUUUGUGUGCGAAACGUUGCAGUUCGUGAAACGUGCACUUGACGGUGCCCGCUGGCUGCACUUUACCGAGUUCCAGCUGUUGUUGUUGCAAAUUUUCUCCACCCUCUUGCUGGCGCUCUCCGUUUGCAUUGCCGUGUCGUGGCGAAAGUACGGCAACCGGAUCACCAAUCGCUUCAUUCGACCGAGCACGGCGAAGGAGAUUGAAGAACUGAAACUCUCCGUCGCCCGACUGAAUCUGCCGAAAGAACACACACCGCGUAUUUAAGGUCCCACAAGCCACCAACCGGGUCGGUAGCUCCGACCGAUCGACGCGCCGAUGGCACCAAG